AUGGCUGAGGCAUUACGGCUACAGUUUACAGAAGCUAGCGGUAAUCCGAGUCAUGCUUCUAGCGUGCCUUCCAAAGUCGAUGCGACUAUUUGCCAACCCAUCGAGACAGCGGACUCGAUAACUACACAUGUGGUCAUUGAACCCGAACCACCUAUACCUGCACACAUGCACCUAGCACGAUACCCCCCAGUGCCCCGUGUUGAGUUCACCGGAGACCGGUACUGCAAGAGCCCAUAUGACAUGAGCAAAGACUGUGAAGGCGACUUCGAUGAAACCCUGUGUGCUCCCGUGUUCAGGUCUCCAUUAUUUUUCUUCUAUGCCUGA